AAUUUUCCUGGCCUAUCCUCGCGUCGCGCCUUCUCGUCUUCUUCUCAAUCUAUGUAUCAGCAUAUUCUUCUGCAAAUCCCUUUCUGGCUCCUUUUUUUUAUUGGCUUCUCUCCAAGAAAAUAUGAUUACUGAAACCAUGUUUGCUCUAGUUUAAUCUUCAAUCUCCAUUUCCCUCGAUGGCAUUCCUUGUCCUUUCGCCGGAGAUAACCACCGUCUCAACAAGAAGCUUCCCCGGUUCGAGUUUAAGACAUGUGUUUAUGAGAAAGAAGGUUACGGUUUCAGCUAGAGAUUUGUCUGGUGUGAAGAAUCAAAAAUCAAGAUUGUACGUGAAGUUCUCAGCUCCGGUGAAAGAAGACUGCCAUAUUAUCAGAGAGGAAGACGAUAAGCAGAGUUACUACGUGAAUAUGGGUCACGCCGUUCGUUGUCUGAGAGAGGAGCUUCCUUCCUUGUUCUACAAGGAGCCCAACUUUGACAUCUACAGGGAUGAUGUUGUGUUGAGAGACCCUUUAAACACGUUCAUGGGAAUCGAUAACUACAAAUCCAUAUUAUGGGCGUUACGUUUCCACGGAAGGAUCUUCUUCAAAGCACUCUGCGUCGACAUAGUUAGUAUUUGGCAACCCACUGAGAACACUUUGAUGAUUAGAUGGACUGUUCACGGGAUUCCUCGUGGUCCUUGGCAGACUCGUGGGCGGUUUGAUGGCACUUCAGAGUAUAAGUUCGAUAAGAACGGGAAGAUUUAUGAACAUAAAGUCGAUAACAUGGCCGUUAACUCGCCUCCAAAGUUUCAAAUGCUCAAUGUUCAAGAGCUUGUUGAAGCCAUUAGCUGCACACCAAAGCCAACGUAUUUCGUGUUCAGAGAUUCAUCAUCAUCAUGGUCGGAAACAUAUUAGUCUGUUGUGUAUAUAGCUCUUUUGUGUGGUUACAGAUAGAGUUGAAAUGUGUUUGAGACUAGAGUUUGGCGUGUGUAAUAAUGGAAUAAACUCAAUAUAUAAAAUGAUGUAUACAUGAAUAAUUAAAUAAAACUAAGUAAUGAUAGAUAAUCUUAACUA